AUGUUAUACAAUUUAUUUCAAAAAAAAAAAAAAAUUUAAUAAUAAAUUAAAAAUGAUUACUAUUAAAAAUAUGCAAAUAUUUUGAAAAUUCUUUAUAGAGAUUAGUAAACUUAGGGAUAAAAUUUAAAUAGGUUUGUUUUUGCAAUACCUUUAACAAUUAAACUCUUGUUAAGCUGUGCUUUUAUAAAGCAAAAUUAAUUAAGGGGAUAAAUGGCUCCACUAAAAGAAGACCAAUUAAAUUUCUUUGUGGUUACUAUAUCUUUAAAUAAUGUUAAAGGUACUGAAAUGCAUUUGUUGCACAUUAAUGCUUUGGCUAAUGGGAUAUCUGUUAGAAGAAUACAGUAACUAGAUUUAAAAGUAAUGAAAGGACAGAAAUACAAAGAAAAGUAGGAUCAGGUAGGUAGUCUGAAGUGA